GUGGGUUUGUGACGCACCGGUGACCACUGAGCUGCGCGAGGUGCUCAGGAUCAGUUCAGUUCAGCGCGGAAACACCGGAGAGCGACAAGUAGCCUGCGCCAGUAAUGUUGGGCUCAGAGGACCACGGAGAGACUCGCAAACGAAACAUUACCGGAAUGAAGCGUCCAUUGAGUCCUGUUGAAGAUGGGUCGCUGACCGGGCAUGAGGGUGUGUCCUCUGAAGGGGUGGAGUUCACAAGACAGGACGCCCCACCCAUAAACUCUCGUCCGAAGCGGGAGCGCAAACACAGGUCGUACACACUCUGUGAAGUGUGCAACAUUCAGCUGAACUCCGCAGCACAAGCACAGAUACACUACAAUGGCAAAACACACCAGAAAAGACUCAAACACAUAAACAACAGCAACACAGGUACGGCUGCUCAGGGGAGCCCCCUGCUGGCCUCAUUACCAGUGCAGGGUCGCCCGCUGCAGACCCCUCUGGACCUGAAACACUUCCUGCCCUUCCGGCUCAGUGGCUCCUCCCCCCUCAACCUGUUCCCCAACUUCAACACUAUGGACCCGGUGCAGAAGGCUGUGAUAAACCAUACGUUUGGUGUUCCUCAGUCCCUGAAGAAAAAACAGGUCAUCUCAUGCAAUAUCUGCCACCUGCGCUUCAACUCCACGAAUCAGGCUGAAGCUCAUUAUAAAGGCCAUAAACAUGCCCGUAAGCUGAAGGCAUUAGAGGCUCAGAAGAACAAACAGCAGAGACCACAACUCGACAACGCACAUCACAACCGGGACAGAGAGAAGGACCGAGAGAGGGCAAGGGAGAGAGACACGAACAGAGUGAAAACCAGCGCUCCAGAUCCACUUCCUGCCCUGCUGGAUGACACCGCCAUGGAGGAAACUGCUGCCUGUGACUCAGAUCCUGUGGUGAGGGUGGAUGAUGCUAACUCUAGUUCGGUGGUCCUGACACCUAUAUCACAGGUGUCACCCGCGGACCUGUCUGUGUCCUCCCCUCACUUCCAGACCCCGGACAGUCUGCUGGAGCCCACCGGUGCCCCCAGCGAGCCAGCCACGCAGCAGGACAACCCCACGGGGGACACACCGGCAGAGAAAGACCCCAAAAAGACCAAACAACAUCUGCAUUGCCCCAUCUGCAAAGUCACAGUCAACUCUACCAUUCAGAUGGAUGCUCACAAUAGUGGCACCAAGCAUAAACUGAUGAUGGAAGGACAGAGUGUUUUGCCACGACGACGAGGGAAGGCAAUGUCGUCCCGCCCCUCAUGUAAAAGCAAGCGAUUGGCCACUAAGGGGAGUGUGGGUGUGGCCAGCAAGAGUUUCUACUGUGAAGUUUGCGAGAUCCAUGUUAACUCUGAGAGUCAACUUAGCCAGCACAUGAACAGCCGAAGGCAUAAGGAUAGACUGGCUGGGAAGCCCCCAAAGCCCAAGUUCAACCCUCAUACCAAGAGCCAGCCUACCUCAGCAGCAUCGCAGGGUGUCAGAUGGAACGGUUAUGCCAGUAGUGCAGUGUCUGCUAUGAAGAAAGUUAUCAACCAAUGCAAUUUGUCCUCUCUGUCUUCUCAGACUAAACUGGUUCUACAGAAGCAAUUGACUAAAAAUCUGACCGCCAGCUUCCUUUCCACCCCCUUAACUCAUCCCACCCUCUGCACAGUCGCAGCCAAUCCUCUCGCGCUGCGACACCCGCCGGGCACUACUUUCAUUCAGACGCCCAUCCUCGGCCAUGCCCUCUUUAGGCCAGCGCCCGGACCUCUGAGAGCAACACACACUCCCAUCAUAUUUUCCCCUUAUUGAUCACCUCGAAACAAGACAAACACGCUCUUACAACAAGGCCGCACAUCCACGUAAUUUAGUUUUACGUUCCGUUCUCAGUACUGACGUUCUCUGUGCUAACUUCGUCCGUGCUCCUGCUCUCUCCGAGCUGUGUACACUUAAGUAUAUAAACACAAACACACACUCCCAUAGUGUUCCCUGUCCUCCUCAAAAACUGUGACUCUGAGAGGGUCACUCUUGAACUAUGCAGCAAAGGGAGAGAGAGUGUGUGAGAGAGAUAGAGAAAGAGAGCAAGACCUUAUAUGGGAAUAUGGGCGGGGCCUCGUUGAUAACACCAGCCCACUAUGCAGAUGAACGCUUGAAUGACAGGACAAGACUGAUAAAGGACUGAAAGAGCUAUAAGAAGAAUAUUUAGCUUUGCUUUAUGAGAUAUUUAUCAUUAUACAGAUAUUAAUCAGGUCUUUAUAAUUUAUUAGAGGAAAGCCAAUUUUAGAGACGUAUAACUGCGCUAGCUGUUAGUUUAGUGAGGAAAUGCAAACAUCCCUUUACUUGAUGCUUUUUUUUUUUUUGUAAGUUUUUUCAAUUGUUAUUAGUCUGUUCUCAUGUCGUUCCACAUUGAUAUGUUGCCGCAGGUCUGUGUAUUCACAAACAUUUCGAGUAGCCUCAUCUGACCGGCUUUUGUUACAAACACAAACCUCAUUGGUCUGUCAGUUUACAGAUGCUAAGGCUUUCUGUCAUGGGUAAUCACAGAAUAACACACGCCAGUCUAAUAUACAAAGGUGACAAUUUGGUAGCAAAGCACACAUAAUCGCUCCCAAUCAGUCUCGUAAUUUUCUCAGUGUUGAUGCUUAGAUUAGAUGAUUUGAGAUUGCACACACACACACACACACACACACACACAAAACCUCAGAUGAGGUGAUUACGGUUCAGUCACAGUUUGACGUGGCCUUUCAUAUCCGCAUAUUUUGUUCUCAGUAUUCCUUCAUUACAGCCUCACAAAGGUCAGCGUGCCUGUCAAAAAUCUAUCCGCGUCCCAUCUUGAUUAAGAUCUAAACCCCUGUGUGUGUGUGUGUGUGUGUGUGUGUGUGUGUGUGUGUGUGUGUGUUUGAUCCAAAACCUCUCAUGAGUUCAUUACUCUCAAUUUUAUUCAGAAUAACAUUUUAAAUUCUGGAAGCAUCAUUGAUUUAUUUGCACAGAGGAGCCAUUGCCAAAACAUAAUGACCAUAAUGGCGGGUUACUGAAUAUACAACAGUACUGUUGAAAGAAGUAUUUUAAGAUCACGUUUGAAUAGCAACGUAAUCAAUUUCAGAUAUACAUGUUAUAUACAAGUAUACAAGUGUUCCCGUCAGCCUGAACAAAGUCACAUCGCUUUGCCCCAGAUCAGUGUCAUCUGAUGGUUUUUGAAGGACUAAUAAGACCAAGACAAAAGACCAAGACUGAUCAUCUGACUUCACACCUGUAGAAUUAGAUGUUGCUGUUGGGUCUAUGUUGUACCAUUUUUCAUCUGUCUGUAUUUUUUGUUUUAAAUGUGCCCUAGCAUACAAAGCUUUUUGUAAAUAUUUUAAAAAUACAGCUUUUAAAAGUCAAUCAUUAACAUUUAUAAUAUAUACAAUUAGAGUAAAUAUGUAGAAUUUUAUCAGAUGUUUAAUGUAGAUUCUUUAUGGUUAUUGUAAUUAAUGUUAUAAUAAGAACAAGCUCUACUUGAAGUUAUUACUUUCUGCCACCAUUUCUGCAGAGACAUGCAUACUGAAAUAAGGAGAUAAUUUAAUGCGAAGUAGAUAGGAUAAUGAAGUUUUUACAUAAAAUUGUUCAUCGAAGCGCUUGCGAGAGAAAAAAAAGGCAACGGAAUAUAAGAAAUAUUGCUAAAAAACGGGCUGAGACUCAGAGCCCCAGACAAGGCCUCAGAGCCUGGAGUCAUGGGUGAGUCUCAAGCCCACUCAGGGCUCUUGCUUUUCAGAGGAUGGUUUGCCCUUGAGGGACUGAAGCCUGGGGCCUUGAACAAAGCUAACUAACAACAGCCAUAUUGACACUUGAAGAGAGGCACAACAUGGACAACUUCUGCUUUUUUUUCUGAGGACACUUUAGAACAAGGAAUAUGUGUGUGCGUGUGUGUUUUGAUAACUCCUGAACGUCAAACUGAUCUCCAUAAGGUCCAAGGAAGGACAACUAGCGAAUGAGAAAUAACAUCAGUCCAUCACUGAAUACCUUCAUGCUUUCUUGAGGCACAAGCAGACGUAACCGCACCGUUCCUAGUUGUGUCAUCCUCAUGAGCUCCAUACAGCAGAUAUGGCUGGUUGUGAUACUGUGAUGGUCUCUGCUAGGUGGAUGAUUUCACAUGUUGUCCAAACGUAACAAUUCCAAAAUAUCUUUGAGGUUGUUUGUUGGGAUUUUUAUGUUGCUUUUUCAGUGCAGUGAAAUUCAAUCCUUAAGCAAUAAUGACGGAAACUGGAACCUUUUUAAGAAAACUGAUGUAGUUUCUCUCUCUCUCUCUCUCUCUCUCUCCCUCUCUCUCUAUGUUAGUGUACAUGUUUCCUCCCUUGUUCUCUUAAUGUUGUGAGCGCUCUUGAUGUAGUGUGUUCCUAUUGCCAAUCUAGAGGACACUGGAAAGCUUAAUAUGACAUUUCUCCCCAUUUAUUUUACGCUGUUGGAAUCUGUUUGUCACAGGAGAGUCAUGGAAACAUCCGUUGCCAGCAGUGACAAGACAGUGGAUGGCAUUUCCCAUUUCUUCCAUGUUGGUUCAGGGCUAAUUUGACUAUUUGACCCAAACUGACUUGACUUCCUGCACUAGUUUGCCUUGUGCCAAUAUAUAUAUAUAUAUAUGGCAUUUUUGGCAAAAUUUGAGAAUUCUUGUUUUUUUUUUUUACAGUAGGCUAAUCAAGUGGACUGCACAUAAAACCUACAGGAGUGAAACUCUCAUAUGAUCAAAAAGCACACACACACACAAAAUGUUUUUCCCAUGAAUGUGUUGGAAAACAUGGAGCCUUGUGUGAAAAUGUGCAUGUGUGCGUGUAAACUGAAAAAUAUGUCCGGUCCAACUAGAUGUUUGUGAAGCAUGAACAAGGAUGAGAAGAUUUCAAUAUCACUUAAAAGGGACCUGGCCAGUAUUGUGUAAUUUAAAUAAUGACUGACAUUAUAUAUGUUAUUUGUGCUCAAUAGAUUUCUGUCUGUGACUGAUCUAACAUUGAUCUGAACUCUCAGCUGACACAAAGGAAAACGUUUUUUCAUAGGACUUUGCGUCUUGGUUUUCUGACUCAUUUGCUCUUUCUCUGUACAGGGUGUGUAUGAAUGCGUGAAAGCGAAAUAAAGCAGAGAGAGAGAGAGAGAGAGAAAUAAAUCGAUUAGACUUCCA